AUGCUCUGCGCGGAGGAGCUCACGCGGCGCGCCCUGCUGUCCCCGAACUGCGCGGAGGGGCUCUGCGCGUGCACCCAGCUGGGUCGCACCAGUUGUUCGUGUCGUGCGGUCAUGGGCGCGUCGCGGGCGCGGCUUGUGCUGAAGCACGCAGAGUGGCUCGCCGACCACGGCCACGCCAGGGGCGCGGAGGUCCGCUUCCAGGAGGCCAGCCGUGAGGCAGCGGAGCACGGCCAGGCGGCGCUCGCACACAGAGCCUCUGCGCGGUUGGGGCACCUCCUCUCGAGGCGGGGCCGCUUCGCGGAGGCGCUCGAGGCCCUCCUCGAGACCCAGCGGUUUGGAGACCUCGCCCUGGAGGAGGAGCGCGACCCGGCCACGCCGUGGUUGCUCGGGGUGGCUUGGUUGCAGGCAGCAAGAUGCGGCGCGGCGAAGUGGCUGGAAUCGAAGAAGAAGCGGAAGAGUGGAUCCUUAGUUUGGGCCCGCUCGCGGCGGACGGGAUCGACGCGCAGCGCCAGAGGCUCCAGACGGACAUCCGCUUCUGGCGGGCCGCGGAGCUGUCCCCGAGGCGCUGCGUAG